AUGACUUACAUAUUAAAUGCGGACCGAUUGUUCAAGCAUGACCUGGCCUCGGCUGCUCUGACUGAGCACAAAGUGACCAGUCGGAAAUGGAACCCCCGUGAAUUCACGAUGCCAUUGGUACAUGCACCCGGGCAGCGACAGCUUGUCAAGGUCCCGGCGGAUCGGAUCAUAUCUGCCGAAACCAGCACACCAGCUCCCAGUCCACCAAAUACUAAGGCAAUCGAAGAGGAUGUCACCAUGGGUUCCCCGAGCACAGGACCGGCCGACAACAACAGUUUCUCCUUGUCGGAAACACUCUGCACCGAAGCGGAUCCAUCCGGUGAUUCUGACAUCGAGGUCAUCGAGUCCCCAAUGAACAAGCUCGUUUAUCGGAAGCCACGGCAUCGGUCCCGGGCCCCCUCUCCGAUCACUAUAUCGGACUCAGAGCCUGACAGGACAGCUUUCGGCGAGACUGGAUUGCUGUUCGAACCAUCCCCUGAAAUAAUAUCCUACAGUAGCACCUCUGACGAAAGCACCGAUCGCAUUCCUCACUUCCCGGACAGUGUGCAACCUCCCCUUCAGCAGGUUAUAGUCUCCGAGGGCCAGCAGAACUGGACCAGGUUGCCUUACCUGUUUCAGGAAGGUGAGCUGCCCGAGGACCUCAUACCUGCGGGGGCCCCGCUGGCACCGGCGCCAGAUGACUGGGAGCCAUUGGUGGGGGGCGGUGGACUGGUCGCAAAACCUGAAGACAUCACAUUGUCACCGAAUCACUCAAGCGCCAUUCCUGAAGAUGGGAUCGCAGCAAAUCACUUUCAUAUCUUACAGCACGAUUUAGCAGACCGUGUUGUCUCGAGCAUGGAGUCCGCACCGACGGGCAGGAUGUACACAUCUCCAGCUGAGGCCACCGCUCCCCUGGAUCCCUUUCACAAUCUCUGGACCAGGGACAGUGGGAAGCCUCUCCAAUGGCCUCGCACCGUAAUCGGACCGUCUUACAGUGGCCAAGCUCCUACGGCUUUUUCGGAUCUUCUUCAUCAGCGGACGAUACUGGAAUCCCGGAUCAAAUCCUUGGAGCAGCUGCGACGUUCCAAUGCCCUCAAUGCAAGAACAGUAGGCUGGGUUCUGGCAUAUUACAAUUGCGCUGAGUGGCCUCAGGCACCUCAGCAGUGA